AUGGCUUUCGUCACCCCAUCCGCCGCAAUAUCCGCAGUGGGGAGUACGAAUUCAUCCUUUUUACCUUCCCCUCAUGCCUUGCACCAUUUUUCUAUUCCUGUUACCACCCAGUCAUGCCGUCGCACCCCGCGCAUGCACGACGGCCCGGCUCGCCCGCCUCCACCACCAGGCAUGGUCAAAGGCAAGGACUUCAUGAAGGACCAAUCCGGCAAUGUUGGCCUUGACAUCAACUCCGGGGCGAUCCAGCGGCGAGAGACUACACCGGUUCGGGUCGGUGACAUUAUAAUUGGUGCGAGCAACCCCGUCGUCGUGCAAAGUAUGAUCAACGAAGAUACUCUUGAUAUAGAUGGCUCUUUCGCGAGCAUCAAAGAAAUGCACGAAGCUGGCUGCGAGAUUGUUCGCAUAACUUGCGUCUCCAUGGCGCAUGCACAUGCGGUCGGUUUUAUCAAGGAAAAACUGAGGAAGGAGUAUAUGGAUGUCCCAUUGGUUGCGGAUGUCCAUCACAAUGGCCUGAAAAUAGCACUGGAAGUCGCCAAGCAUGUUGACAAGGUCCGGAUCAAUCCAGGCUUGUAUGUGUUUGAAAAACCUGACCCAAGAAGAACAGAAUAUACGCCGAAGGAGUUCGAUGCAGCUGAAGAGAAGUUGAGGAAGACCUUGGAACCUUUAAUUAUUUCUCUUCGCGAUCAAGGAAAAGCAUUGCGUAUAGGCGUAAAUCAUGGUUCUCUGUCGGAAAGAAUGCUCUUCACAUACGGUGAUACUCCGCGCGGCAUGGUGGAAAGCGCUUUGGAGUGCAUCCGCGUUUGUGAAGAUCUCAACUUCCACAACAUUGUCAUUUCCAUGAAAGCGAGCAAAGUCCUCGUAAUGCUUGCAGCCUACAGGUUGCUCUCACGUCGCUUAGCAGAAGAAGACAUGCCAUAUCCUUUACAUCUUGGCGUUACGGAGGCUGGCGAUGGGGAAUACGGGCGGAUUAAGAGCACCCUCGGUAUUGGAACCCUUCUUGCCGAAGGACUCGGCGAUACAAUUCGUGUUUCCUUGACUGAGGCACCAAUCAAGGAGAUCCCAGUCUGUUACGGUAUUUUGCAGGGUCUGGGUCUAAGAAGGACCAUGGUGGAAUACGUUGCAUGCCCGUCAUGUGGUCGAACUUUGUUCAAUCUAGAAACGGUUUUGCACGAAGUGCGCGAGGCCACGAAGCACAUGCCAGGCCUGAGUAUUGCUGUCAUGGGUUGUAUUGUUAACGGACCUGGAGAAAUGGCAGACGCAGACUAUGGAUAUGUAGGAAAGACGCCUGGGAAGAUCUCAUUGUACCGCGGUCGGAAAGAAAUUCGCACAGUUCGCGAGGAAGUUGGUGUCGAAGAGCUUGUAUCUUUGCUGAAACAAGAUGGAGUUUGGGUUGAGCCCGUGGAGGUGGUCAAGAGUCCUGUGACAGCUGCAUAAUGAUUCAACUGUACCUAGUUUUCGACCCGGAUACCGAGGUUUUGGCUGUCUUCAGAAGCCAUACAAGGCGCCAAUAACCUUCAAGGCGCCCAACAGUAAUUACCUUGGCGCUCUACUGUUUGUGAUAUCUAUUAACAGUGCUGUGCCCUCUGCAGUAGGUACCACUCCAGAAAAGAGUAUUAUUUGGUAAAAAGGGUUAAUUUGGUGAUUCAGUUCUCGUUGCUCCCACUGUACGAAAGCAUGCCGCUGAGGUAAACUCAGUGCGGACAAUGGGUACAGUCAUUCAUCCCUUGACUCCAGGGAAGCGCUCCGGGGAAUGGAGCGUUCAUCACGUCUACAGUUCCCCGCAAUGUUGCCUCUUCGUCUUCGAAAAGCUGAAGGAAAUUGUCAACAACGAAAAGUCCGCUUCACUUGCAAUAAAAGGGGCAGAGAUGCUCCUAAAAUCUUUAUAGCGUUAACAAGAUUGUUAUGAAUGCAAGUGCUCCCAGACCACAAGGACCAAUAGAAAAGAGUCACACGGGCAGAAAGAAACGAUUCAGUUGGGGACGCCGGCAAUUUAUCGGACAUUUGGCGAUUUUAUUACGCACAGGAAGCAGAAAAAAUUUGAGGAGGAUCGGCUACAGCGACAAAGGGCGGAGGGGAAGGCUGCCCGGCAAAAACAAAGAGAACCGCAGAAAGAACAGAAAGCAGAAGCGAAAAAGCUGAGGGAACAAAAAAGUCUGGAACGCAUGAAAAGUGGCAAGGCCUCAAAGCCUGUCAACUCAACCAAGAAGCGGGCACGAUCAACUUCGGUCCCAAAGGCGCACGAAGGCCCCUCCCCAACGUGCGUCAACUCCUCACCAUUCCCCAUCGACGUUGUCCCGUCCGCGUUACUUGGUCUCUCUGGUGCCAGUGAAAUUACCAAAUAGACCUUUUUCCAAAACUCUGUGUAUUGCCGCACCAAUAAAAGAAAAUUCGGGG